ACCAGACCUCGCCCCUUUCACCAACUACUCUUAACCGCUCGCUAAAACCCUCGAGCUCAUCGCCAAUCUUCCUCUAGAUCUACUCGAAACCAUGGCCACUAUCACCGUCGUUAAGGCUAGGCAGAUCUUCGACAGCCGUGGCAACCCCACCGUUGAGGUCGAUGUCCACACAUCAAAUGGUGUCAAGGUUACAGCUGCUGUUCCUAGUGGAGCCUCCACUGGUAUCUACGAGGCUCUUGAGCUUAGGGAUGGUGGAUCUGAUUAUCUCGGAAAGGGUGUUUCUAAGGCUGUUGGCAAUGUGAACAACAUCAUCGGCCCAGCGUUGAUUGGAAAGGACCCGACUCAGCAGACUGCUAUUGACAACUUCAUGGUCCAUGAACUUGAUGGAACCCAGAACGAGUGGGGUUGGUGCAAGCAAAAGCUUGGAGCCAAUGCUAUCCUUGCUGUCUCUCUUGCUGUCUGCAAAGCUGGAGCCGUUGUCAGUGGAAUUCCUCUCUACAAGCACAUUGCCAAUCUUGCUGGUAACCCUAAGAUUGUUCUGCCAGUUCCUGCUUUCAACGUCAUCAAUGGUGGAUCACAUGCAGGAAACAAGCUCGCUAUGCAGGAGUUUAUGAUUCUCCCUAUUGGAGCUUCAUCUUUCAAAGAAGCCAUGAAAAUGGGUGUUGAAGUUUACCACAACUUGAAGUAUGGCCAGGAUGCUACCAAUGUUGGUGAUGAAGGUGGCUUUGCCCCAAACAUUCAGGAGAACAAGGAAGGUCUUGAAUUGCUCAAGACUGCUAUUGAGAAGGCCGGCUACACUGGCAAGGUCGUCAUUGGAAUGGAUGUUGCCGCUUCCGAGUUCUACUCAUCAGACAAGACCUAUGACUUGAACUUCAAAGAAGAGAACAACAAUGGUUCUCAGAAGAUUUCUGGAGAUGCUCUCAAGGACCUUUACAAGUCCUUUGUUGCUGAGUACCCAAUCGUGUCCAUUGAGGACCCAUUUGACCAAGAUGACUGGGAGCACUAUGCUAAGAUGACCACCGAGUGUGGAGACAGUGUUCAGAUUGUUGGUGAUGAUUUGUUGGUCACCAACCCCAAGAGGGUUGCAAAGGCAAUCGCCGAGAAGUCUUGCAAUGCUCUUCUCUUGAAGGUUAACCAAAUCGGGUCAGUGACAGAGAGUAUUGAGGCAGUUAAGAUGUCGAAGAGAGCAGGGUGGGGAGUGAUGGCCAGCCACAGAAGUGGUGAAACCGAGGACACCUUCAUUGCUGACCUAUCUGUUGGCUUGUCUACUGGACAAAUCAAGACCGGAGCUCCAUGCAGGUCCGAGCGUCUGGCCAAGUACAACCAGCUUUUGCGUAUCGAGGAAGAGUUGGGAUCAGAGGCAGUUUACGCUGGAGCCAACUUCCGCAAGCCUGUGGAGCCGUACUAGACAAGUGCCAGCUCUUAGAAGCGAAGUGCUCUCCUUUGUGACGAGAAACAGAUCUGAGUUGUGUUUGGUCCAUUUUGCUUUAAUAAAAACAUACGUUUGCUUUUUUUUUCUCCCUUCGUUGGUUUAUUUUCCGAACCGCCCUUGUUGGGAGUAAGUUGCUUAUUUUUGUAAGAAAAAAACCUGAGAUAGCUCUGCCUUUAAAGAGGACAGCAGCUCUUCUUUUAUAAUCUAAUUUCGGCUUCUCUUAA